AAUUUCACCAGAGUACCAGAAAUUCUUCUGGAAUGUGGUACUACUUUCUCCCAACACCUCUAGAAAUUUCUGCAACUCCUCUUUAAAAUCCUCACCUAACUCGUUCACUCAAUCAUCUCAUAUCAAUCAUCACAGCCUUAAAACUUUACUCUCUAAUUGCCAAUUCUGAAUUCCAAUCUAACUUUUUCAAGCUUGUCGUUGCAUCAAUUAAGAAGAUGAUGAGCUCAUUGAUGUUUCCAGACAGUGCUCUUGAUUUAUUGCAUGAUCAUCUUCACCAUCAUCAUGAUCAGAGAGACAAGUUGAGAGCUGCUUUGAUCUCAAGUUCUGGCGGUGCUAGUGGAAGUUAUCCAGCUGUUGACAUUCUUGACACUCCAAAGGAGUACAUCUUCCAUUUCAAUGUACCAGGGCUGUCCAAAACCAACAUCCAAGUGAACCUAAUGGAGGAAGAGAACGCCGACCGUAAUCGUACCGCCGGUCAGAUCUUGGUCAUCGAAAACGCCGGCAGUGGCGGUGUUAAAAGGAAGCGUGAGGGAAAUGAGGGCGGUGAUCGGGAGAACAAGAAAAACGGCCAGGAAGAGGUGGAAGGAGGAACAACAUCCUCAUGCAAGUACAUCAGGCUUGAAAGGAGGGUGUACCCGAAGAAGUUCAUGAGGAAGUUCAGGUUACCGGAAAACGCUAAUGUCUCUGCAAUCUCUGCUAAAUGUGAGAAUGGGGUUUUAACUGUUAAGGUGGAGAAGAAGCUUCCUCCACCACCACCACGGAAACCCACUGUCAAAACUGUUGAAAUUACUACUACUACUGGAAAUUAAAUCUUGUAAUAGCUAUAAUCUGUAGUUUCUGUUAACUGUUUGACUAGUAUCAAUCUACUGCUUCGAGUUUGUUC